GUCUAUGGUCGCUGAAUAAAGGCCGAUGAUAAAAUAAAUGCAAACUUAUUUAAUUGAUCGAUUAAUCAUACUAAAUUACAGAAGCUAGAAGCACACCACAUGGCGCUGCGAACUAUCAACGAACUUAACGAUCAAAUGAAGAAAUAAUUGGAAAAAUUUACAUAACCAAACAAUAUACACGAGGCGUGCAACUUAACCAAAAUGUCAUCUGGAUUUCACAACCCGUUACCAAAUUUAAUCCUAAAUAAUAAUCCAGCUGAAAAUUGGAAACAAUGGUUGAACCGGUUCAGAAUCUAUCUAACAGCAACGGAGGCCCAGAACUACAAAAAAUCUAUGACACACUUCAAUUCCAAGAAAACGAGGACAAGAACAAAAUUAAUGUCGUCAUCGAAAAAUUAAACAAACACUUCUUGCCAAGGGAAAAUCUAAUCUGUCAUAGAUACCAAUUCUUUAUGACGAAACAAAUAAACGGUCAAUCAAUUGAACAAUAUGUAACGGAACUCAAAAAACAAGCUGCUAACUGUAAACUAGAUACAUUGCAUGACGAUUUAAUUGUAUGCAUGCUAGUUUGUGGUACCAAUAACGUGGACAUUCGCCAAAAAUUACUACAAGAAGAAGCGAUAGAUUUGGAAAAGGCGCUGAAAUUAUGUUCCAUCAUUGAACAAUCAAAGAGGCACGCAAAGAAGAUUGAAGGCUUCACGAAUAUCACGGAACGAGAUCAACAGACCUCAGUGGACCAGAUCGCAAUCAACAGACCAACCCAAAGGAAAAAUCGAUACCAACAUCUAAGCCGAACUUCAUCGUCUAACUACAGGUGGCCAAGACCAGGGUCAACGAAUAGAAGAUCAUCCUCAAGAGAGCGUACAUCAGGUGAAAAACUUAUCAACAAUUGCUCUCGCUGUGGAACUUCCCAUUUAAUAAAUAAAUGCCCUGCUUUCAACAAGGUAUGUGGGCAAUGCAAAUUAAAAAAUCAUUAUGCGAGCAUGUGCAAAACUCGCAAACAAAUAAACAUGGUAGCUUCCACAAGCGAAGAGAGCAAUCAAAAUCAUAUUAUGGACAAUAAUUCACUGUUUAUUAGCUCAAUACAAAAAACUAAGUCACGUAUAAAUAUUGUAGAGGAAUUGAAUCACACCUACGAUAACAAUUCCUGGUUUGCUUCUCUUGAAAUUGUAAAAAAAAAAAUCAAAUUUAAAAUCGAUACAGGUGCUAUGGCGAAUAUAUUACCCAUACAUAUUUUCAUGAAAAUUGGAUUGUCUCCUCAAUUGAUCACAGAGUGUUCUAGUGUAAUAUUGAAAUCAUAUAGUGGUGAUGUCUUACCUGUUCUAGGCACCAUUCAAUUAAGUUGCCUAACAAAUAAUGCAGAGAACUAUUUAAUUGAUUUUCAUGUAAUAAAUGACAUAACUGAGCCUCUGCUAGGUCUCAAAGCAUGUGCCAUGCUAAACUUAAUUAAGAAAGUGAAUCAAGUAAAUGAAGUCAAAUUAAAAAAUCAUGAAAUUAUUACAAAUUUAAGACAAAAUAUUUUAAUAAAGUACAAUGAUUUAUUUACAGGCAUAGGGUGUAUAUAUCCUGAAUAUCACAUUCAAAUUGAACAAAAUGCACAACCAGUAAUUUGCCCAAUAAGGAAAGUACCGAUAGCUCUCAUUGACAAACUCAAACUAACUUUAGAUAACCUGGAAAAAAAUAAAAUCAUACAAAAAGUAGACGGGCCAACCGAAUGGUUGCACCCCCUUGUGUUAGUAAAAAAAUCAGAUAAUAAUUUACGAAUUUGUCUCGACCCAUUACAUUUAAAUAAAGUAAUCAAAAGAGAAUACUGUAAGCUACCCACUUUUGAGGAAUUGACUUAUCGUUUUACAGGAGCCAAAUGGUUUAGUAGGCUUGAUGCCAAUCAAGCAUUCUAUCAAAUACCUCUUGACGAAACAAGUUCAAAUUUAUUAGUUUUCGGUACUCCUGUAGGUCGUUACAAAUUUCGCAGACUUCCUUUUGGUUUAAAAAAUGCCAGCGAAGUUUUUAACGAACGUUUUCAAGCUAUAUUCCAAGGUAAUAAUAUUGCUACGUACAUUGAUGAUAUUAUCGUGUGGGGCAAAACAUUAGAUGAGCACAAUUUAGCAUUAGAGCAAGUUUUCAAAUUAGCUCUCCAACAUGAUAUAAAAUUUAACAAACAUAAAUGUAGUUUUGGUUCAAAUCAAAUUAAAUUCAUGGGGCACAUAAUAAAUGAACAAGGAAUAGCUAUAGAUCCCGACCGCAUAAAAGCCAUAACAGAAUUUCCAGAACCCAAAGACAAACAAAGUUUACAAAGAUUCCUCGGAAUCAUAAAUUAUGUAGGAAAAUUUAUUCCUAACUUCUCAGCAGAAACUUCUAUUUUAAGACAACUCAUAAGGAAAGACACAUUUUAUCAAUGGAAUUUUGAGCACAGACAAGCUUUUAAAAAAUUGAAGAAUUCAUUAACAACCACUCCCACUCUACAAAUUUUUGACCCAUUAAAAGAAGUAACAAUCUCAGUAGAUGCAUCACAAGCGGGAUUAGGUGGUGUUUUAUUACAAAAUAAUAAACCCGUAAGCUACUGCUCAAAGGCAUUAUCAGAUGCACAAGUAAAUUAUGCUCAAAUUGAGAAAGAGCUCCUGGCUGUAUUAUAUGGAUUAUUAAAAUUUCACGAAUAUACUUUUGGCAGAUUGGUAACAAUUGAAACAGACCACAAACCAUUAAUAGCAAUAAUAAAUAAACCACUAAGUAAAUGUCCGGCUCGACUUCAAAGAAUAAUGUUACAACUCCAAAAAUAUCAAUUUAACUUGGUUUACAAAGCAGGAAAACAUCUCAUUAUAGCUGACGCACUUUCCAGAGCAUACAUAAACAACGACAAUGACAUUUCCUUAGAUGAACAGUUAAGUGACCAAGUGUGCACAGUAAUAGUAAAUGAAAACAUUUCAGAUGAUUAUUUAAAUAAAAUACAAAUAGAGACAAAUAAAGAUCCUGAACUAAUUGAGCUUUCCCAAGUUAUCAAGCAAGGGUGGCCAAAAUCAAAAUCUUCUAAAGUACUAAACGAUAAAAUGAAUAUUUAUUGUCGAUACAAGGACACCUUGGUAAUAAAUGAAGGUAUAAUUUAUAACGGACCAAGUGUUUUAGUCCCAAAGACUCUAAGGCAAGAGAUUUUACGCAAAAUUCAUUAUAGUCAUUUAGGAUUUGAUAAGAAUUUUAGGAUGGCAAGGGACUCUGUAUUUUGGCCAAACUUAAAAAUUGAUCUCCGUAAUUUUAUAAAUAAUUGUCAAACAUGUCAGAAAUAUGCACCUUCACAACCUUCUGAAACUCUUCAUUCACAUGAAAUACCUAAGUUACCAUGGCACAAAGUAGGCUGUGACUUAUUUGAAAUAAACAAUGCUCAUUAUUUGUUAGUAGUUGAUUACUAUUCAAAAUUUAUUGAAUUGGAAGAAUUAAAAAUUAAUACUACUAGCAAUAAAAUAAUAAACAUAUUGAAAAGCAUCUUUGCUAGACAUGGUGUUCCGAAAAUAGUCGUUACUGACGGAGGUCCACAGUUUAGCUCAGAUCAUUUUAAACAGUUUUCAACUGACUGGUGCUUCAAUCAUACUCUGACUUCACCUUACCACAGUCAAUCAAACGGCAUGGCAGAAAGGCAUGUACAAAUUGCAAAAAAGUUAUUAAAGAAAACAAUAGACGAAGGUAAAGAUAUAUAUCUCGCAUUACUGCAGUUGAGAAAUUCACCAAUAUUUGGGGAUUACUCGCCCGCAGAGAUAUUAAUGUCAAGGAAAAUGCGUAAUCCUUUACUUCCUAUUCACAUUAAUAAAUUAAAACCUCAUGUGAUUAAUGUCAGGGAAUAUAAUUCAUUUAUCAUAGAAAAUCAACAACGGCAAGUCAAACAGUAUAAUAAGGCCAAAGGUGCCAAAGAAUUGGACAUUAUUGAACCAAAAACAAAAGUAUUGAUUCAAUUAAGACCCAAUUCUUUAUGGCAGCCAGGAACAAUUAUUAGUAGGAUGGGUUUUCGUAGAUACAGAAUUCAAUCAGACACUGGACGUUAUUACAUUCGUAACAGAAAGUUUAUAAAAAAGUCGAUUCUCAAAACGCAUGUUAAUUACAAUGCUAGUAAUCAGAACGUUAAUAAUAAAGUAAAGUGGAGUAAUAACAAUGUAGAACCAGACUGCGACGCUAACACUAAUUGGUCGUCUCUAUACACAUUAAGUAAUGAUAGUGAUAAUAAUGUAGAGCCCAGUGAUUCAGGAAGCAAUUCUAAAGAGAUAGGAAAUUAGUGACUUCUCUUCUGCUUCUACAACAAACCACGGAGUGGACAGUCCAUUGUAUUCAACGCGAUAAAACGCGUUUACCAAAACAUAAACGAAACUCACAAACCCAUUGAAUUUAAAUGUUAAGUUAUCAAUAUUAGUGUACAUCUUUAAGACAGUUUACAUUAUUAAUGACAUAAGUACGAGAGUUAUCACUUUUGCGCAUAAUUAUUUUGGAAUUUGACACCCAGUUCCAAAAUCGAUGGACCAAUUAAAAUGCUGCAUUAUGUGGCGGUAAUUUUUGGAGGAGUGACUUCACUAUUUCUGUUAAUAAAUGGGAAAGUGAGUUCGAAUACCACAGACAAGUAGAUAUUUCAACUGCGGUAUCACUAAAUCCGAAAAUUUUACAUUAAAUUACGUUUGGUAACGAUUGAAAUACAACUUAGCAAUAAAACGUAGACAAAAUUAUUAAAUGUAUUGUAUUACCCCCCAUUUCAACGAAAUUUGGUGUUUAAUACACAAAAAACGC